CUAUUUUUCAUAGAACCGGGUCCUAGCAGUGGCAAUUGUUUACUAAACAAGGGAAAAUUUGAUUACAUCAAGACAAAGGAAAACUGCACGUCCAGGGUUAAGUAUCAGCACAACACAUGCCGCGGAACGUGCGAGUCCACGUCCACUUCAACGUAUGGUGAGACCGGCUUGGAUUCGUUCUGCGCAUGUUGCCAGCCUUCAGUGGGAAAACUCUGGACUGCGACUCUGGACUGCCCUAACAAUGAAGUCCGAUCGACAAACUUUUUCGAGAUUAUAGCGUGUCGCUGUCGACAGUUCAAGUGUGUUUCUGAGCAAGACAAAAGCGGAAUGGAAGAGAUUAACGAAAAAGGUCAAGUUGUGGACAUCAACCAACAGAGUGUCGGCCGAAGACGUCGCCGUUAA